AAGGGGAUAUAACGGGAAGGGUGAAUAUCCCAGCUAUUCCGAGAGCUCCUGUGACGCUUCAUCGCAAAGAAGUGAAAUUAAACUUCCAAACGUUUUAAACACUUUUCUUGAAAGGGGGUUUGCUAUAAAAAAAAAGGAGGUUAAUUGGACUUGAGGACUUGUUGACUUCUUUUUCUUCUGUUUUUUUUUAACGCGCUUUUCAGGCGCAGCGGGUUGCGCACCUGAGUUUCUGUGGCGACAACUUGACUCUUUGAGCAACUCAGCCAUCACGGUGACUUUACCUACCCGUGACAUGCCUGCUGUGGUGAUCCUUGGUAUGUCAUCUCCCUGUGGAAUAACCACCGGAGUCCAGGUGACAGCAGGGGAGAGCUGAUGUGGCCGCUUAGAGGAGCGCACCAGUCUGAUGUCAACUGGGAUUUGACAGAGAGAGGGAGAUUGGGAUGCAAGAGAAACCUUAGGGAGACGAUCCUCGGCUUCUUUUACCUGGAUUCAAGCCGGAGCCAUGGCCUCUGAGGUGGUGUGCGGGCUGAUCUUCAGGUUGCUGCUGCCAGUGUGUCUUACAGCUGCUUGCCUGUUCAGGUACAAUGUCCUGUCCUUCGUCUACCUCAUCUACCUCCUGCUUAUUCCACUCUUCCCAGAGCCCACAGACACAACAAUGCGGGGCCACACUGGGCGUCUGCUGCAGUCCCUCUGCUUCACCAGUAUGUCCUUUCUGCUACUCCACAUCAUCUAUCAGAUUACAAUCACCAGCCUCCUGGCAGGGGACUCCAUCAACUCCGACUUCAACUGUUCCUCGUGGGAGAAGUCCAUCCGACAAAUUGGCUUUGAGAGUGUGAUUGGUGCAGACGCGGGGAACGGCAUCCGAGUGUUCAUCCCUGACAUCGGCAUGUUCGUGGCCGGCUUGGCCAUCUGGCUGCUGUGUCGUAGUCUGGUCCAGAAGAGGCCGCCUGAGGACAUGGCCCAGUACAACACUGACUUUGACGCAGAGGAACAAGAGGAAGAGGAGAAGCUAAGCCUGGAAAACAACAUCCUGCUCGAGGAGGACCUCGAUGCAGGGUACGAGGCUGAGGAGGAUGAGGAAGACGAGGAGCUGGAUGAAGAGGAGGAGGAGGAAGAGGAGGAGGAGGAGGAGGAGGAGGCGAAGGAGAGCACCAAGAUGAAGGUCCUGCGGCACGUGGCGCAGGUGGCAUCCAAAGUGAAGGAGGUUAUCGGGAACUUGAUCACCACCGCUGGGCAGGUGGUGGUCACCAUCUUGCUGGGCAUGACAGGAAUCAUGCUGCCCUCGUUGACCUCAGCUGUUUACUUCUUCAUCUUUCUGUUCCUUUGCACCUGGUGGUCCCUCCGCCGGACCUUCGACACACUCAUCUUCAGCUGCAUGUGCGUGCUGAUGGCCAUCUUUAGCGCUGGGCACCUCAUCGUCCUCUACCUCUACCAGUUUCAGUUCUUCCAGGAAUCCAUUUCGCCCGACGACAGCUACAUCAGUGUAUUUGGCAUCUCUCCCAUUGUUCAGAGCAACUGUUCCUACACAUGGAAGCUCAUUGUGCACCCGCAGCGUAAGUGGUACCACUUUGUCAACCCCAUCAUGCUGCUGCUUCUCUACUACACCCUGGCCACGCUCAUCCGUCUCUGGCUGCAGGAACCCAUCGACCAGCUGACGGACGACAAGGACGAAGAUAUGUGCGAGGAGGAAGAUCUGGAUGGAAACAGAACAAAUAACUGUGCCAACAGGAAGAGGCAGCUGUGGUGGGAAUCACGGCAGGGCACGGAUGAGAAAAAUGCUGUGCCAACCUCAAACGGGACGUCGUUUGAUUUCGUCGCCACCGAGAAUGGACCCGUCUGUUUGGAUUUGUACUCGACCCCGCUGUAUAAAGUGAACCCGACGGGCGACGGUACAGAGAAGAAGGACGAGUGUGUGUAUGAAGUGUGUUUGCCUCCGGAGGAUUCGGCGUUGGAGGGAGGAGAGGAGAAGUCUGAGGACACAGAGGAUGGAAUAAAGAAAAGAGGAGUCGGCGCGAUGGUCAAAAUCUUCCACUUCAUCAUGAAACAGAGCUACAUCUGUGCUCUUAUAGCAAUGAUGGCGUGGAGCAUCACGUACGUCAGCUGGCUGACGUUCGUCUUCCUCAUCUGGUCUUGCACGCUGUGGAUGGUGCGAGACAGGAGGCGAUACGCCAUGCUGUCUUCUCCCUUCAUGGUGGCCUACGGCAACCUGCUGAUAGUUCUGCAGUACAUUUGGACUUUCGAGAACAUGAAAAGUAUCUCAGGGCUCUUUGUCAAGAAGAACAACCCUUUCCACUCGCUUUCAUCCAAGGUUCUGUGUCUGCUGAGCUUCUGGCUGCUGCUGAGACAAACGCUCACAGAGAGACAAGAAAAACAAAAAGAAGACAGUGCUGGUCUCUCAGACGUUUAUGUUGAGGACCAGGAGAAGAAGGAGGAGGAGGACUCUGAAGAGGGAGGGGAGCAGGACACCAUGCACGUUCUGGGCAACAUGGUCAUGGCUCUGCUAGUCAAAUACUGGAUCUACAUCUGUGGUGGCAUGUUCUUCUUCGUCAGCUUCGAGGGAACCAUCGUCAUGUACAAGAUCAUCUACAUGAUGAUGUUCCUCUCCUGUGUGACGCUCUAUCAGGUGCACUUUGAGUGGUGGCGAAGGAUCCUGAAGUACUUCUGGAUGUCGGUGGUGAUGUACACCAUGCUGGUCCUCACUCUGGUCUACACCUACCAGUUUGAAACCUCGCCAGACUUCUGGUCCAACAUGACCAGCAUGAACACAAAGAGUUUGGAGGAUCUGGGCCUGGAAACGUUUUCUGUAUCGGAGCUGUUCACCAGGAUUUUUAUUCCCACGUCCUUCCUGCUCGUGUGUAUUCUCCACCUGCACUACUUUCAUGACCGCUUCCUGCAGCUCACAGACCUCCAGGCUGUAGUGGCAAAAGAGGAGAGCACAAUCUACAGGCUGGCGCACCCCGAUGGCAGCCUGGCGGACCUCACCAUGCUCAGCGUCAGCUCUGUGGAGGCCACGCUGCCCAGAGAGGAGCUGGAGCAGCAAGAGAAGCACGAGGAGCUGCGAGAGAAGGAAGAGCAAGGAGAGUGGGGGGCAGAGCAGGAGAAGGAUCGGGCCCUGGUCGUGGUGUUGUGUGACACAAAAACGAGCGACGAGAAGCCCAGAACGUUCUCUGUCGGGCGACAGCCAAGCACAGACGAGAGCCACCAAUGCAGCGCGGGGGGCGAGCCGGAGCCGAGCACAGAGCAGAGCUCAGAUCUGAAGAAUAAAUGGCACCUGGUAGUCGACCGCCUGACUGUGCUCUUCCUCAAGUUUUUGGAGUACUUCCAUAAGCUGCAACUGUUCAUCUGGUGGCUGCUGGAGAUCCACAUCAUCAAGAUCGUGUCCUGCUACAUCGUCAUGGUUUCUGUCGAAGAGGUGUCUUUGUUGAACUACGUGUUCCUGGUGUCCUGGGCAUUUGCACUACCCUACAGCCAGUAUCGGCCCCUUGCCUCCAGCGUUUGCACUGUCUGGACGUGCGUCAUCAUCGUAUGCAAAAUGUUGUACCAGCUGAAGUCUAUAAAACCUCCAACUUAUUCCCAGAACUGCACUGCUAGCAUGCCAGGUGGCUACUCACAGCAGGAGGAGGAAGAGUUGAGGAAGAACUCUCUGCUGUAUAAAGACUUAGUGGAACCAGCACACUGGGUGGGCCUGGAGAAGAAAGAUGACCUGCUGGGCUACCUCAGGAACAACCUCUUGAUGCUAGCUCUGUUAGCAUUCGAGGUGACGAUCUACCGCCAUCAGGAAUAUUUCAGACUGAGAAACAAACUGUCACCUCCUGCUGCGAGAAUUAUCUUCCAUGACAUCACACGGCAGCACCUGGACCUCGGCAUCAUCAGCUUCAUCAAAUACUUCAUCAACUACUUCUUCUACAAGUUUGGACUUGAGACGUGCCUGCUGUUGGUGGUCAACGUAAUCGGCCAGCGUAUGGACUUCUACGGCAUGCUUCAUGCCUUUGCUUUGAUAGCAGUCAUGCAUAAACGCAGAAGGAAAGCCAUCGCUGAGAUCUGGCCCAAAUACUGCUGCUUCCUGGCCUGCAUGUUGACUGUCCAGUACUUUGUCUGCAUCGGGAUCCCACCAGCAGCCUGUAAAGAUUACCCAUGGAGGUUUCCCAACUCAAGUACAGACUCCAACGUGGUCAAGUGGCUCUACGUUCCAGAUUUCCUCACCAGACCCAAACCAACGUUCCUCAUCUAUGACUUCAUGUUGCUGUUGUGUGCCUCCAUGCAGAGGCAGGUCUUUGACGAUGAAAACAAAGCUGCAGUCCGUAUCAUGGCUGGAGACAACGUGGAGAUCUGCAGAGAUUUGGACGCAGCCUCUUUUAGCGUCCACAACCCCGUUCCCGACUUCAUCCACUGCAGGUCCUACCUGGACAUGCUGAAGGUCAUCAUGUUUAGCUACUUGUUCUGGUUUGUCCUCACCAUCAUCUUCAUCACCGGGACAACGCGCAUCAGCAUCUUCUGUAUGGGCUACCUGGUGGCCUGUUUCUACUUCCUUCUCUUUGGUGGCGACCUCCUGCUCAAACCAAUCAAAAAGAUCCUCCAUUACUGGGACUUCCUGAUCGCCUACAACGUCUUUGUAAUCACCAUGAAGAAUAUUUUAUCUAUCUUGGCCUGUGGAUACAUCAAUGUACUGAUCGUGAACAACUGCUGGUUGAUCCAGUUACUCAGCCUUGCCUGCACCAUCAAGGACUACAAAAUCAACACCAAGAAAGCUGAAACGGAUUACCAGUGUGAUCUGCCCAGGAAUGAAGCCGGCAUCAUCUGGGACAGUAUCUGCUUCGCAUUCCUGCUUCUGCAGAGACGAGUCUUCAUGAGCUACUACUUCCUCCACGUGGUGGCUGAUAUCAGAGCCUCACAGAUUCUCGCUUCAAGAGGGGCGGAGCUCUUCCAGGCCACCAUAGUGAAGGCGGUGAGAGCCAGACUGGAGGAGGAGCGCAAAUCUGUGGAGCAGCUGAAGAGACAGAUGGAGCGCAUUAAGGUGAGGCAGCAAAAGUUUAAGAGGGGCAAGGAGAAGAUGCUGAGCAUAGCACAGGAGUCUGGAGAAGGACAGACCCUCGUCCAGCCUGAGGAGGAUGAUGAUGACGGAGCACAGCGAACGAAAGCCAAGACCAAAAAAAAGCAGUGGUGGAGGCCGUGGGUUGACCAUGCUUCCAUGGUUAGAAGUGGAGACUAUUACUUAUUUGAAACUGACAGUGAGGAGGAAGAGGAGGAAGAGGAGAAAAAAGAUGACGAGCCCCCAAAGAAGUCAGCGUUUCAGCGAGCUAUUGGGAAGUUUCUAUCUGCUGUUCUGGCUUUACCCAGGUCUAUCAUUAAGCUGCCUAAAACUAUCCUGCAGUAUGUAGUGAAGGCAGGAAAGUUUCUUUACCACGCUUGGAUCACAGACCCUAAAGCUGCACUAAGAGCACGAGGCAAAGAGAAACGCAAAUUCUGGAAAAAAUACACAAAAGGAGUCAGACACAGAAAAAGCAAGAAAGAAGCAGGUCAUGUAACCAUAGACCUUGGAGAGCUCUCAGAUGGGGGAGAAAAAGAAGAGGAAAACAAGAAGACUGGUGGUCCAGACAACAUCAUCAAGCGAGUGUUCAACAUCAUCAAGUUCACCUGGGUGCUCUUCCAAACGGCGGUGGAAAGCUUCACUAGGUGGAUGAAUGACAUGUGCAGGGAGUACAUCGACAUCUCCACUGUGCUGCGUAUAGAGCGCUGCAUGCUGACUAGAGAGGUCAAAAAGGGUAACGUGCCGUCCAGAGAGAGCAUCCAUGUCUACUACCAGAAAGCCAUGAGGCUCAACAUGUCCAGGCAGGCCAGCAUGGAAAUACUCAGUGAGGAGGAGUCAGUCUCUGGAUCCACCAGGGUCAAAAGAAGGCGAGGAAACUACCGCAUGGAGAGCCAGGACUCCACGGCCUCCAGAGACAGCAUAUCCAGUGCCUUGACUGAGGCAACCACUUUGUUUUCUCGACAAUCCACGCUGGAAGACCUGGAUGGGAUGCCAGAGUGCAUUCCUAAAACCAGCGAGCGGGCCAGGCCCAAACUGCGUAAGAUGUACGGCCUGGACGUGUCCAAUUCAUCAGUGGACAGCUGCAGCAGCUUCGUGUCCAGUGAGGCGACCCAGUCCGUCAUGAUCUACUCCAGACAGGGCACCACAGACACCAUAGAAGAAGUGGAGGAUGAGCAGGAUCAAGGGGAGGACAGGCAGCAGGUUCCCUGGGAAUCCCAACAGCUAGACGAGAGCGAGGGGGCCGAGGGAGGUCCCUGGAGUGAUGGAGAACCCAGAGAGAGAGAAGAAGAAGAAGAGGAGGAGGGAAUUGAGAGACGCGAGGGUGAGGCGGAUGAGGGCCAGGAGGGUGAAGAGGGUGAGGGCCAGGAGGGACCAGAGGGUGAGGGCCAGGAGGGACCAGAGGGUGAGGAGGGACUAGAGGAUGAGGAGGGACUAGAGGUACCAAGUGACCAGGGGAGUAAAGAGAGAGAAGAGGCUUUCUGGGAGUCCUUUGGCCCAGAUGAGGGCCCCUCCCUCAGGCAGGAGGAGGUAGACUCUGCCCCUUCUGGCCAGGAGAAAGACUUCAUCACUGAGAGUGAGGAUGGGGGAGGACAGCAGGACUUCAUGCACACAGAGGGGCGGGGCGGACUUCUCUACACACCUGACACAGAUGCUUCCAAAAUAUCCGACGCUGACGUUCCUCCCAGCUACAGCAAGGCGGUCAGCUUUGACCGGCUGGAAGUCAGCGAUGACGAGAGUGACAUGGACAGGAGGAGGCGUAUGGUGAUGACGUCUGACAGCCGCUCAGACAGCAGGUCAGACAUCAUGCUGCCCUCCAUGACAACUGAGCUGACCGCCAGUGAACUGCUGCUCAACAAGAUGUUUUAUGACGAGGAGCUGGACGGCUCAGAUAGAUUCUACCAGAAGCAGCCUCUGAUCCUCCAGCUCUGCUACGCCCUCUACAACAUGUUGGUGGCUCACUCAGAGAUGGUGUGCUACCUGGUCAUCAUCAUCAACCACAUGGUGUCGGCCUCCUGCGCCACCCUGGUCCUUCCCAUCACCAUCUUCCUGUGGGCCAUGUUGUCAGUGCCUCGACCGAGCAAGCGCUACUGGAUGACUGCCAUCGUCUACACUGAGGUAACAAUCUUCAUCAAGUACUUCUGCCAGUUUGGCUUCUUCCCCUUUAACCAGAACAAGGUCGACAAAAAUAAACCAUAUCACCCUCCGAACAUCAUCGGUGUGGAGAAGAAAGACGGUUACGUCCACUUUGACCUGGUCCAGUUACUGGCUCUUUUCUUCCACAGAUCCAUUCUGAAGUGCCAUGGUCUGUGGGACGAGGACGACCCGAAACUGAAGAGAGAGCAGUCUCGACAGAGUGAGUCAGAGGACGAGGGAAAAGACAAGGAGGAGAGCGAUAAGGGGUCCGAACCGGCAUCCUCGCUGUUCAAUGAAAGUAGAAGCUCCACUCACACUUUGAGAUCCAUGAACUUCGGGACGUCCAUCGAUUCAGGACAGAUCCAGAUGCAUUACCCGCAGCAGCAGACCUACCAGCGUCGCAAGAGCUCCAGCGGAGGCUCACACAUUUCAGUACGAUCGCUCCACUCCUCGGCAAGGUCCAAAAGAGGGAGUACGGCUUCCCACAACAGCAGCCGCAAGGAGGGCAGCGUGGCCAGUGUGCAGCUGAAGACACGCAAGCAGAUGAUCAUGGAGAAGCUGAGGGAGCAGCUCUUCAAAGGAAAAGCGUUUGUCUUAAAGAGGUUCAUGGAGCUCUAUCUCCCCAUGAGGCAGUUCUUCUAUAACUUGAUCCAUCCAGAGUACAGCGCAGUCACAGACGUCUAUGUGCUGAUGUUCCUCGCUGACACAGUCGACUUCAUCAUCAUCGUGUUUGGAUUCUGGGCGUUUGGUAAACACUCGGCUGCAGACAUCACGUCUUCUCUGUCGGAGGAUCAGGUCCCGGGACCUUUCCUGGUCAUGGUUCUGAUCCAGUUCGGUACCAUGGUGGUGGACCGGGCCCUCUACCUCAGAAAGUCUGUCUUGGGCAAGGUCAUCUUCCAGGUCUUCCUGCUCUUUGGCAUCCACUUCUGGAUGUUCUUCAUCCUGCCAGGAGUCACAGAGAAGCGUUUCAGCGAGAACAAAGUGGCUCAGAUGUGGUAUUUUGUCAAGUGCAUCUACUUCGCCCUGUCGGCCUAUCAGAUCCGCUGUGGUUAUCCCACUCGAGUUUUGGGAAACUUCCUCACAAAGAGCUACAAUUAUAUGAACCUCUUCCUCUUUCAAGGUUUUCGCCUGGUGCCGUUCCUGACGGAGCUGCGAGCAGUGAUGGACUGGGUUUGGACGGAUACCUCGCUGUCUCUGUCCAGCUGGAUCUGUGUGGAGGACAUCUACGCUCACAUCUUUAUCCUGAAAUGCUGGAGAGAGUCUGAGAAGAGGUACCCCCAGCCGCGCGGUCAGAAGAAGAAGAAGGUGGUGAAGUAUGGGAUGGGAGGGAUGAUUGUGGCGCUGCUGAUCUGUAUCGUCUGGUUCCCGCUUCUCUUCAUGUCCCUCGUUAAGUCAGUAGCCGGAGUCGUCAACCCCCCCAUGGAUGUCUCUUUUGAAAUCACCCUGGCUGGCUUUCAGCCCAUCUUCACCAUGAGCGCUCAACAAAAACAACUGCACAGUGUGAAUGAAAAGCAAUUUCAUGAUUUUGUGCACAGAUACAAUGAUGAUGCAACUUUGGAGUGGCUGGAGGGUUACGUGUCUCAGGACCUGACCAUCGCAGAGCUCAAAGGCAGCUCCAACUCUCUGUGGACCAUCAGUCCACCCAGCAGAGACAGCCUGAUAGACAUGUUGGCUAGCACGGAGGAUUUCUCCAUCACCGUGUCCUGGUCUGUGCAGAGAAACCUCACUCUUGGUGCCAAGGCUGAAACAGCGUCUGGGAAACGAAUGACCUACCUGGACAAAGCAACAAAGGACAAUCUGAUAAAGCUCCUAAGAGGGAAAGAAGUCAAUGGUUCUAUGAUUAUAGAGGAUAUCUUCCCUCGCUUUAUUCGAGCCCCCAGUGACUCAGAGGCCAAGCCUGUUGAGCUGCUUAAUAAAGCUGCCGAUCCAAAUAAGAUCUUUAGCAUCAACUUGACCCUGAUGCAAACUGAGAAUAUCACAGGUACGGUCCAGGAAUGGUGGAAGGUCAGCCAGACAGAUUUGGGCUCGAUAAACUAUUCUGACUCCAAAAACAAGGUUGGAGAAGGUCUGGAUGUCUAUGUAUUCAGUGACCAAGUCAGCCCGCCCAGUUUGGGCUUCCUGGCCGGAUAUGGGAUCAUGGGUCUGUACGCCUCUGUGGUUCUGGUCAUCGGCAAGUUUGUGCGCGAGUUCUUCAGCGGCAUCUCCCACACCAUCAUGUUCGAGGAGCUGCCCAACGUGGACCGCAUCCUCAAGCUGUGCACGGACAUCUUCCUGGUCCGAGAGACGGGGGAGCUGGACCUGGAGGAGGACAUGUACGCCAAACUCAUUUUCCUCUACCGCUCGCCAGAGACUAUGAUCAAGUGGACCCGGGAAAAAACUGAGUAGAACUCACAGAGGGGAAAUAACCAAUGGAAAUGAGGCGGGAGCUUUUUUUCAUACAGGAGCUCUGCUGGUGUGAGCAGCAGCCGGUUCACCUGCUGAGGACGCACAAAGCAGCUGGGGACCAACUCUGUCCUCCUCCACUGAGCUCUGGUGGCAGUGAGACAUCUUUGGCUCCACAUGAAUACACUUUUUCGAGUUUUAAACUGAUAUUUUCUACUAUUUACUGAUGUAAACAACCACAAAUGCAGUCAUAUUAUUGUCAGUUGAGGACAAAUUUGCCAGUGCUGUGUUCAUCUUGCAAAACCUGGCACAGUUUGGCAUCCACCGAUGAAAAGACGCAGCUGGUGUUCAGAAGCAGACAGAUAAACUUUUUGGAAGAUUUUCCCAAAACAUAAGAAGUCUUCUCCCUCAUAUAGGGACAGGUUUUUACACACAAAUGUCCUCAUUGCUCUAUUCAAUCAUUUCCACAGCGGCACGGCAGGCGAGGAGAAGCUCAAACUGGCUGCAACAUUAAUCUUUAAGGGCUUCCCAUCUACAAAUGAGCGCACGAUAAUGACCACAUGAGCACAAUCUCCUAAAUCCCUCCAACUGGAACGUUUAGACUUUGGGGCUGUGCAAUAACAAGCUUUCGCUCCUCCCAAGUUUUUUUUUUUUUUUUGAAGGACAUGAACCGAGGUAAAAGUUUGGUUCCGACCAAGAAAGACAAAAAAAAAAAACUUUUUUUAAACAUCACAGGCCACUCAACGCAGAACACAUUCUCGGACAGUCUUUUCUUGCCUUAGUUUGUUUGUAUGAGACAAACUGAAACUCUUAUCAACUACAUAUCUUUCUCAGGAAGAGCUGUUUUCACAGAUAUUCAUUGUAUGAGUUAUAUGUUACAACAUGUAGGCUUUGAUGGAUCUUAAAAAGAUAUUAGAAAAGAUGACAACUAUUUAAAUGGCAUGAAAUUUUAUGUGGAUAUUGUUCAGAUGGACUGAUAUUGAGUAUGUUUACUGCACAGGCUGUAUAAAGAAAGAUAAUGUAUGGGGGAUGGACUGUUUUCCCUCACAGAGAUUAAAUUGCCAAUUGUGUUUUAAAUCGUCUGCAGGUUGGCUGAGUUGAGACCAGCGCAGGGCUGAAACAGGGUACAAGGUGGAAGACUCUUGCACAUCACUUGUAAACCUCUCGCUGUUUUUAACGUUCUCAUAAACACUGUGGCACUACCAACUUUACAUUCAGUCAUCAAGGGAGAAACAAGCAGACACACACAAAGAAGAUUCUUCAAAUGAAGGGCUGAACCAGGAAGCCCUUUGGUCCAAACUAUGCAUUAGAGGACAUUGUAGCAUGAUAGAAAACUUCAUUAUUGUCAUGAUUUUCAUUACAUGUACAUACAAAGAUUAAGGGGAACAGGUCAGGGUGGAAUGAAAUGUGAAAUUGUACCUGUAUGUCAAGGCAAUCUGAUAUGAUAGAGGUCCAGAGAUCUGCAAAUAAAACUUCUGGAAAGGUG